CUACGGUUGGGCAAAGCCAGGGCUGCGUGUCACCCCCACCAAGACAUGGAGCUGCUGUCGCCUCCACUCCGCGACGUAGACUUGACGGGCCCCGACGCCUCUCUCUGCAACUUUGCCACAGCUGACGACUUCUAUGACGACCCGUGUUUCGACUCCCCAGACCUACGCUUCUUCGAGGACCUGGACCCGCGCCUGGUGCACGUGGGCGCGCUCCUGAAGCCAGAGGAACACCCUCACUUCCCAGCAGCUGUGCACCCCGCCCCAGGCGCGCGCGAGGAUGAGCAUGUGCGCGCACCCAGCGGGCACCACCAGGCGGGCCGCUGUCUGCUUUGGGCUUGCAAGGCCUGCAAGCGCAAGACCACGAAUGCCGACCGCCGCAAGGCCGCCACUAUGCGAGAGCGGCGCCGUCUCAGCAAAGUCAACGAGGCCUUCGAGACGCUUAAGCGCUGCACGUCGAGCAAUCCCAACCAGAGGCUGCCCAAGGUAGAGAUCCUGCGCAAUGCCAUCCGCUACAUCGAGGGCCUGCAGGCGCUGCUGCGGGACCAGGACGCCGCGCCCCCUGGCGCUGCCGCUGCCUUCUAUGCGCCUGGCCCACUGCCCCCCGGCCGCGGCGGCGAGCACUACAGCGGCGACUCGGACGCGUCCAGCCCGCGAUCCAACUGCUCCGACGGCAUGAUGGACUACAGCAGCCCUCCCAGCGGUGCCCGGCGACGCUACGACGGCGCUUACUACAGCGAGGCGCCCGGCGAACCCAGGCCGGGGAAGAGCGCCGCGGUGUCGAGCCUCGACUGCCUGUCCAGCAUCGUGGAGCGCAUCUCCACGGAGAGCCCCGCGGCGCCCGCGCUUCUGCUGACCGACGCGCCCCCGGAGUCCUCGCCCGGACCGCAGGAGGAGGUGGUCCUCAGCGAGGGCGAACACGGCGCCCCCACCCCUUCUCCGGACGCUGCCCCGCAGUGCUCCGCGGGCGCGAACCCCAACCCGAUCUACCAGGUGCUCUGA